AUGGCUAAUGUCUAUCAUUUUGCUGAUGUUGGAUCAAAUCUCGCCCUGGUUCUGCCCUUGACCAGGAUCGGACCUAUCUGGCAGUUCGUGCAGGGCCAGAUAGGAGGACAUGGUCUCUUGGCGUUCCCGAGGCUGCGUCACACAAUCAGUGCUUACGUGCCUCCGUACCCCAAGAAUUUUGCGCCAACUGAUUCUCAAAACAAACUACCAAGAGCCCAAGGGUCUAUCACGUUCUGCCUUGCCAAGGAAGGAAAGGCUGAAGUCGAUCGCCAUUUCAUUGGAAGAGAGAAAUGCCAGGACCACACCAUUAGAUUUUUAUCUGAUCCCACACUACGUUAUCUGAUCCGCGCUGCCAUCGCCCAUUCGUGCCAGACAGGAUGCAUGAUGGCCGGAUUCACCCAGAGAUCUACAUCGGGAAGCGCGCCUCGUGCAAAAUGGAUACACUACUCCUGCAUGCGAUGGUCCGAUGCUCGCAGCCUUUCCGCUCCGUCGGAAUGUUGA